UUUAAAGAGAUAUCAGAGAAAGAGAUAUCAGAGAUGUAAUAUCCUGUAAAAAUUCAGGAUAUAUCAUCUACGAGAUGUCUCAAAUAUGACCGGUGAGAUAAUAUUUGAUUUAAGUCUCAGAUAUAUUAUGCCGUGUGGGUAUUAUUACGUAAAUGUCAUAUUUAUCUUUUUUUUAAUCGAGCUAUAUUCAUAUAAUACAAAAGUAUUUCUACAGGUCGUAUUGAAGACAUGGAUAGGCCAGUGCUUAGAUUUGAUUACAACCAAUUUCGGUAAAAAUCCCAAUCUGGAUCUAUUUACGACGGAUUUGUACAAUUCCAUUGCCGAGUACAAAACGGCGUAUUAUUCGUACUUUGUGGCCAUAACCGUAGCAAUGCAUUUUGCUGGAAUAAAAGAUCCAGAAAUGUUCAGGCAAGCAAUACCCGUCUCGUUAAAGAUAGGGCAAUUAUUUCAAGUUCAAGAUGAUUAUUUGGAUUGCUUUGGGGAUCCAAAUGUUUGCGGUAAAGAUGGCACCGAUAUCCAGGACGGAAAAUGUACAUGGUUUAUUACUAGAGCUCUUCAACACUCCACUCCACGACAGCGUAAAAUAUUAGAAGAGUGUUACGGAGUCGCCGACCCGGAGAAAGUAAAACGUGUAAAACAACUUUUCACCGAUUUGAACCUACUUGAUGCUUAUCUCACAUAUGAAAACGAACAGUACAAUCAAUUAAAUGUGUCCAUACAGCAGAUGUCAUGCGGACUUCCCCACAACAUGUUCUCGAAUUUAAUAAACAGGAUUUAUCGCAGAUCGUUAUGAAAGUGUCGUCUAUAAUGAAGGAGCAAAUAAAAAUAAAAUGUACUAAACUAUGUCCUAAAUGUUAAUAUUCUGGCGUAUUGGUACGGUGAGAUGUUUGCUUUUAUAUUUUCAAAGCGGAAAAUAUCAAGGCUUAUAUAGAUUUUGUAUGCAAAACAGACUUCUGUUUCGAUUGAAAGGUUAAUAAAUUUCUAAAACAUA